AUGAGAGGGAAAGAGGGGAGGACAGUUCGCCUCUGCAGUGCUGCAAGGACAGUUUGAACAUCUCUGGGAUGCAGACGGACCGAAGCUCUCAACAAUCACACGCUCUUCACCAUGACAACCACGCCAAUCACUGCACUGGACUGACAGCUGUCAAUCAACAGGAGAAGAUUAUCAGGAUCACCUGCCACAGGAGAGAUUACAAGCUACAAUAAGGGGCCUAAGCGGAGUAAUUCCAAUUUAUGUUUGGUUAGAAGUUGCUAUCUAGAGGAAAAUUGGCAAUUUUUGAUACCUCAACUGAAUGCCUGCAUGCAUUCACAUGUGUAUGCUUUAGGGGGAGCGUGCACGAGGUCGUCUUGCUGUGUAUCAGGGUCACGUUCUUGCUGGCUUUCACCCGUCACUGCAGUGCCACAAUAAGCUUCAUUAGAGCCCGUUUUAGUGGGUAGCUCUGUUUAUUUAGCAUUUUAUCCACGAAAACCAUGAGUGAGGGCAAGAAGGAGUUAGAGAUGAGGGACAAAGCCAUCAUGCACCAGCAGAGGAGACUGAAACAGGCCACCCAGUUCAUGCACAAGGACUCCGCGGAUCUUCUGCCUCUGGAUGGGCUGAAGAAGUUGGGAACCUCCAAAGACCUGCAACCCCAUAGCAUCGUUCAGCGCCGUCUCCUGGAGGGCAACAUUCCACGUUUGCGUGGAGAGGCCCGGGACGUCCCAUCUCAUAUUCGCUCACCUCUGGCAGACAGCAAAGAGGGUGGAGAGCCGGAGGAGAGGAGCGAGAGCACAGUGGAUGACUCCACGGAGGAGAGGGAGUCUCCGGAGGAGAGCGAGAAGAGCCUGAGGUCUGAUGAGGAUGAGGAUGAUGAAGACGAAGGGGACAGCAGCGAUGCAGGUGGAAAGACAGAGCCCAAACAGAAAAAUAAAAUGGAAGACGAGACAAAGAAAGGUCUCAAAGAGGGCGAGAGAGCAUCCACCCUUUCAGCUCUAGUGGUCCAGUGUAAAUGCGAUGAUGCAGAGGUGAUGUUAUCCAUAAACACAGGGUGCCAACACAACCACAUCUCUAAAACAUGCUGCAGACGACUUAGAUUGAAAACCAACCUUGAAGACAAACCUCAUGACAAGCUGCCACUCAGUGAUUCGACAGUGGAGACUGUGAAGUCCCUGCACCUGCAGCUGGGCAGAGAAAGAGUGCAAUGCACUGCCCAGGUCAUAGAGGACGCCACAUUUGAGGUGUGUCUGGGUCUACAGACUCUGCUGGAACUCAAAUGCUGUGUGGACCUGAACUCCAGAGUGCUCCGGCUCCACAGCACAGAGCAGGAGCUUCCCUUCCUGGAUCCACCUGCCUGCAGCCAGUGCCAUCACCAUGACAGCAACAAAAACAUGUGACCUCGGACCUACGUGCCCAACAGCUGCCAUGACCGUACCCAAGUAAUCAGAGAGGAAGUUGACAGAAGGAUGCCUGCAUCUGGACUGUAGUGUUCCCUUGUGCCAGAUCAACAUAGACAGGCCUCUCCUCUCUCAUCUUUCCUUCUUUGUUCUUCGUUGUUUGUUUUUGUGCUAUUACAGAAAUCUGCCAAUUAUGAUUUUUCAUUAUUAUUUGCUGU